AUGUCGAGCAUCGUCAAGGAGAUCCUGGCGAGCCCGAUACAAAUGGCGGACCAGGUUUCUAAGAUGUCUGAAGAGGUACAGAAUUUCAGACAGGAAUGUCUCGAGCUUAAGGCCAAAACAGAGAAGCUCGCAGGUCUCCUCCGCCAAGCCGCCAGGAACAGCAGCGACCUUUACGAGCGUCCCACCAGACGCAUCAUCGACGACACAGAACAAGUUCUCGACAAAGCCCUCGUACUCGUCACAAAAUGUCGCGCCAACACCGUCAUCAAGCGUCUAUUCACAAUCAUCCCAACCACCGCCUUCCGCAAAACCUCCAUGCAGCUCGAGAAUUCCAUCGGCGACGUCCAGUGGCUCCUCCGAGUCUCCGCUUCCGCCGACGAACGCGACGACGAGUAUCUGGGGCUUCCCCCCAUCGCCGCCAACGAACCCAUUCUCUGCCUCAUAUGGGAACAGAUCGCCAUUUUGCUCUCUGGCUGUUCCUUGGACGAACGUUCCGACGCUGCAGCUUCCUUGGUUUCCCUUGCACGCGACAACGACCGUUACGGGAAGCUCAUCAUCGAGGAAGGUGGAGUACCCCCGCUCCUGAAAUUGUUGAAAGAAGGGCGAUUGGAGGGUCAAGAAAACGCUGCCAGAGCCAUUGGGUUGCUGGGGAAGGAUCCGGAAAGCGUGGAGCACAUUGUGAAUGCUGGUGUUUGCUCGGUUUUUGCGAAAGUCCUGAAAGAGGGUCACAUGAAGGUUCAGAUGGUGGUGGCGUGGGCUAUUUCGGAGCUUGCGGCGAAUCACCCCAAAUGCCAGGAUCACUUCUCCCAGAACAAUGCCAUACGCUUGCUGGUUAGCCAUCUGGCGUUCGAGACCAUUCAAGAGCAUAGCAAGUAUGCCAUUGCCAAUAAGCACAAGAGCAUUCAUUCGCUUCUAAUGGCGAGUAACACAGAGAAAGAUGAGAUAAACAGGAGGCAUGAAGAGGAUGAUAAACAGAUUCACCACCCAAUGGAGAACCAAACAUCAAGCCACAUGCACAAUGUGGUGUCCAACACCAUGGCCAUUAAGGGCAUGGGCCAGGGAAAUUAUGGCAAGGGUAACAAUACAAAGAAACAGCAGCAGCAGAACCAUGGGACUGGGAAUUCGCACGUGUCAAUUGCUGUGACGAGUAUUAAGGGUAGGGAAUUCGAAGACCCUGUUACCAAGGCUGAGAUGAAGACCAUGGCAGCCAGGGCACUAUGGCAACUCUCUAGGGGAAACUUGACCGUGUGUCGUAGCAUAACAGAGUCUAGAGCUCUUCUUUGUUUCGUGGUUCUGUUGGAAAAAGGCCCCGAAGACGUGCAAUCCUAUUCAGCAAUGGCGUUGAUGGAAAUCACAUGUGUGGCAGAACAACAUGCAGAGUUGAGACGCUCUGCUUUCAAGCCAACUUCCCCUGCUGCCAAGGCUAUGGUGGAACAGCUUAUCAAGAUAAUUGAGAAAGAAGACUCUAAUCUACUCAUUCCUUGCAUCAGAGCUAUUGGGAAUUUGGCGAGGACUUUCAGAGCAACGGAAAGCAGAAUCAUUGGGCCCUUGGUGAGGCUCCUUGACGAAAGAGAAGCCCAAGUUUCCAUGGAAGCCGCUAUCGCACUCAACAAGUUCGCUUGUACGGACAAUUAUCUCCACGAAAAUCACUGCAACGCCAUCAUAGAGGCAGGGGGUGCCAAACACUUGAUUCAGCUGGUUUACUUUGGGGAGCAAAUGGUUCAGAUUCCUUCCGUCACUCUUCUCUGUUACAUAGCGCUACACGUCCCCAAAAGCGAUACCCUUGCGCAGGAAGAGGUCCUCAUUGUUCUUGAGUGGUGCACGAAACAGGGCCAUCUCGCCGAAGAACCUUCCAUUAAACCACUGUUACCAGAAGCCAAAAGUAGGUUGGAACUGUACCAAUCCAGAGGAAGAGGAUUCCGCUGAUUU